AUGGAAAUCAAGGACCCGCCUGAAGUCGAUGACUUCGAGCACUUACGAAUGAAUGCGAAACGACUUGGCAACAGAAAAGGACAAAUUCCCCACGAUCAUCCCCCGACUAGCAUGCUCAAGAUGGAAUUCAUGAUGGAAAUGUCGCAAGUCAUUGUCCGGACCGUGACGCCACCAAACCGGGUAGGAUGCAUCACAGCAAUUGUGGUAGACGAGGCCGGCACUGCGAUCUCGCUUUCUAUCUACAAUCAGCCAGACGAGACGAUGAUUAAAGCCAACGACGUACUGCCAGAAGGCAGCGUCUGUCUGAUCAAGGAUCCGUUCUUCCAGGCGAACAAAGCGGGCAAUAGCUACAACUUACGGGUGGACCACGUCAGCGACAUCAUCCUGCUACGUGGAGGCGACGAGCGCAUCCCGCGACGUUGGAGGAAAUCGAAAGCCACUGCUGCCAAUUCUGAGGAAAUUAGGCAACAUGGGGAUACAGCUGCACUCGCGUCCGCCAUCACACCGGAGCAGACCCGUGCAGCGCUCCUCAAUCGUUCCUUGGCCAAUCUGAGGCUUCAUCGCCUGGAAAAGGCGGUAGACGACGCUUCCAAAAGCCAAGAUGAUAACGUUCCAACCCAGAAAGGACUUUUCCGGGAGGCCAAGGCUUACUACUCGCUGGAACAGUUCUCACUCUGUUCAGCAAAACUGCGAAAAGUCCUCGCGCUGAACCCCAAAAACCAAGACGCAAAGAAGGAGCUCGCGCGAACUUUGCGGCGUAUCGAUGAGCAGGAUCGGGGGAUCUAUCAAUGGGGGCAGAUGUACGACCAAGCCAACGCCACUCCACCUGUGAUCGACUGCGCGACCUACAACGGCCCUGUCGAAGUGCGCCGCUCCACUGAACGUGGACGUGGGCUCUUCACAUCAAAGGCAGUGAAGGCUGGGGAUCUUCUUCUUUGCGAGAAAGCUUUUUCAUAUCGCUAUGCUGGCGAAGAUGAUAAUAUGGAUGCUAACCAGAAUAACAGGGUCCUGGUGAGCCUAGUAUCAAAGAGGACGGUACUUGGUGCGCAGGCGAGUCUCGCAUUCAACAUCAUACAGAAACUUCACCAUAACCCUCGGCUCGCUCCGCGUUUCAACGACUUGCAUCAUGGGGACUCUCAUUCAGGCGCGGCCAAGCAGCAGGACAAAUCAAUAAUUGAUACCUUCUUUGUCAUGGAUGUCGUUAGCCUCAACUCUUACGGUUCCCCUCGCACAUGCCUUAUUCAAUUCAACGGACAUUUAAGUCACAAGAAAUCCACGACCUGCGGCCUUUGGAUCUUGGCAUCCUACAUCAACCACGCUUGCGUAGGCAACUGUCAACGCUCCUUCAUAGGUGACAUGAUGAUUCUACGAGCUAGCACAGAUAUGGAUGCCAACACGGAGUUGCAAUUUUGCUACUUGCCACCCGACGGCCUGAGCUACGAAGAGGUUCAGAAGAGCCUUCAGCCUUGGGGCUUUGUGUGCCGCUGCGAGUUGUGUGAAGAGAAGAAGCUAGUCUCGGAGGAGGCUUUGCAGAGGCGACAAGAACUCAUCCGAGAUUCAGAAAGCACGAUGGCCAACUCUAGCACUUUAAGUCAACAAUCCAAGGCAGAGCGUCUUCUUGGCCGGCUUGAGGAGACCUACGCCGACGGGAGAACAAAAUAUCGAUUGGAAAUCGGGCAAUACUACGUUCUACUCGGAAUGAAGCGACUGAAAAGAAGAGAACCAACCGGAGCCCUCGAGUCGAUCAUCAAAAGCCUUGAGGCUUAUGGCUUUGUCAUCGAGGCAAUCCUCCUGGAAAAAUACUCGGGAAGCCGCAUUUGA